AGCUAGUACAAUAGUAAUUCAAGGAAAAAAGAAAACAACUCUUUCUGUAGUAAACUGGAGGUAUUAAAAUAAAGAUCUAUGUAUGAUCUUUCUCUUUGUCUUCGACGCAGCCGUAACAAGUGAAGAUAUCUUCGAAGCACUACGAAGUUUUUCGUUGAUGACGAAGACAAUGACAGCGUCUUCAAGUCAGCCGUAUGCCAGGAGACUUUCGAGUCGGAUGGUGCGUACAUGCUCAUCAUGACAACCCGCGGCCAUCGGAUGGAGCCGGAAAUUUUUCCGCAACGAAAAACAUAUUCGAAAGUAGCGAAUGACCUACUUCGAACUACAAGUUGAGGUUCAACCACACCACGAACAAGUGAAAUAUCACCACGAAUAUAUUUUUGAACAUCAAAAUGUGUGUUUUCACAACAGUCGACUUCUAUCGGAACUGUGCGUACGUGCACGUAGCAUUCUUACUCUAUUGCGCUCUGGAGAGCAAUAGCUGUGGAUGGCAGGACACCGUUUCCGGUGACGCGCAAUGUCCUACUGCCCAGAAGAUAUUGAUCGCAUUAACUUACGGAGGGUGGGAGCUAUUGAUGAUUCAAAGACUUGUUGUGGUCUGCUCUCUUAUUUUAUUCAUGACCACGACCGUGAACAAAGUGGGAGGCCCUGGUAGAAGUAAAUAACCAUCCUACAUCCUGCUCUUCUAUCUUCAUCAUCCGUCUGCUCUAACAAGCCCUUCCGAACUUGCUAUUGGCAUACAUGUGCUACCAUACAAGUACGUCGAUGGGUGCUGUGCAGAACAUCUCGUUUGCGGACUUGGUGUCUAGCAGUGUCACAGAAAAGAUAAAGAUGAACGCAGCGGCUGGCGUCGUCAAGCAGUAUCCGCGAACGAUAAAGAUGGGCUUCUGCACUAUAGUUAAGCUGCAGGAGGAUCAGUAGAAGUUUUUGAACAGAAUAAUAAUUAUGGGCUUCUGCACUAUAUUAGUCAUGCUGCAGGAGGUUCAGUAGAAGUUGAAGUUCUUUUGAGGAGGAUAAAGAUGAGCUUUUGAUGAUGCACUAUACCAGUUAAGCAGGUUCUUGUUCGUCGUGUGGAAAAGAACGUCAAUGAGAUUUCCAGAGUCACAACUGAUGUUAUCUCAAGUUUCUACCUUCUCUAAGAGUGCGGGUAUCAGCAGUGUUUUUGGCUAUCUUGCGAUGAACUACUGCACGAAGGCGGGCACAUGUUAUAGUCCCGCAGCCGCUGGCGCGUGUGAUGAGCCAGAGUUCUUGCUUGUUUUGAGCACUUGUAGCACCAUCGGGUCAGGGAGUACGGGCUAUGCGGCAGUCUUCUUUGUUCUCUCAUUUAUUACGGCAGUUUUCUCCUUUCUAACAAAGUACAACUAACGAGAGUUUCAGCAUUUCGAGGAGCAAAGCCCUUUUUAUCUUCGAGAGUCUCUGUCUUCUCAACAGACUCAACAGAUGUAACAAGAAAAUUCUCAUCAUCAUCAAUCAAAGUCAAUGAUGCCACUUACUUACACGAAAGCAAAACCUCUAAGAAGAAUAUUUUCUUUUUUAUAAGCGGAAGCCGGUCGCAAGGAGUUUCGCACAUCCCGCCACACCUAUACACGCCGCCGAACGUUUUCGUGGGAAAAGCCGCAAACUCCGUUCUAGAAAUGAUCGAUUCAAUAGCUCCUUGACGGCUCAUUGACGUCAGGGAUGCCAUUGUUAUCUUUGGUGCAUGCACUGUACGAUCAAUCUGAAUCUUCCGAGAAAGCAACGAAUCCGCAACACUUACAAUAUGCCUAUCAAUCUUGAGAUAGUAAAAAGAAGAUAUUGGUGAACAAGAAAGACAAAGGUGCUCCAGCAGGUUUUCGUAAGACGGUGGAUGAUUAUGCUUGGGAAAUGGCAAAAAACGAACAGCAAU